AUGGCUGCCCCCAGAAAUGUCCUGUUUGAAGAGCAGAGCCAGUGCUCCAUCUGUCUGGAAGUGUUCACUGAGCCAGUUUCCAUCCCAUGUGGACACAACUUCUGCAAGAAGUGUAUCAACAAACACUGGGAUAGCAGAGAACAGUACCAGUGUCCACUCUGUCAGGAGACAUUCCACAGAAGACCUGAGCUAGGUGUCAACACAACAUUCAGAGAUCUUGUUGAUCAAAAUGCAGACAGAGAGCGAGAUGUCAGUAUGCAAUGUAUCAGUGAUCUGAAGAUCUUGAUUGAGAGAAACCAGGCUGAGCUCAUUGAGAUUGAGGAGAAGCAGAAAGCAACAGUGAGGCGGGCUGAAGGAAUCAUUGAAGAGCUGCAGCAGGAAAUCACUGAGCUACAGAGGAGAAGCACUGAGAUAGAGCACCUCUCACAUACUAAGGACCACCUCCACCUCCUACAGAAAAAAUGUUUUCCUUUGCAACACAUAGCUGAGUUUAUCACACGAGAGUUAGGUUUGCUGAGGCUCACAAAUGUUUUACAGUGUACACGUCAACAGCAUAAACACACAUCCUUAUCUCACCUUCUAUAUUCCACAGUGGAUGUGACUCUGGACCCUGAUACAGCAAAUCCCAUACUAAUCCUGUCUGAAGACAGGGAAGUGAAAUAUGGAAAAACACGACAGAAUCUUCCUGACAACCCAGAGAGGUUUGAUAUGAUUUGCAAUGUCUUGGGAAAAGAAGGUUUCUCUUCAGGGAGAUUCUAUUUUGAGGUGCAGGUGGAAGGGAAGACUCUAUGGUCUUUAGGAGUGGCCAGAGAGUCCAUCAACAGGAAGGGGCAGAUUAACCUGAACCCUAAAUUUGGAUACUGGACUAUAUGGAUGAGGAAUGGCAAUGAGUAUGCAGCUCUUGGUGACAUAACUGUCCAUCUGUCUCUCAGACAGAAGCCCCAGAAGGUGGGGGUGUUUGUGGAUUAUGAGGAGGGUCAGGUCUCCUUCUAUGAUGUGGAAACCAGCUCUCAUAUCUAUUCUUUCACUGGAUUCACCUUCACUGAGAAACUCUAUCCAUUCUUAAGCCCAGAGCCAGAUAUUGAUGGUGAAAACUCAUCCCCGUUGGUCAUCACUCCUGUCAGUCAAAUAGACUAGCCCGAUAUGAAGGAGAAAACAUGGUCUGAGAUUGAGAUUAGAAAUAUAGCAUGUAUUUUUAAUUUUUUUUACUUGAUAACUUCUGUACCAUUUGUUUACCAAAGUUUAAAUCUCGCUUCAAGUUCAAUCUUGCUUUAUGUCAUACACCUCCGUUCUCUUCCAUAUAUUGUAUUAUCAGUGUGCUAGCCUAAGCUAGCACACUGCUGUUACCUUGCAUUAAUCAGUCAUUGGCUAAUCAUUUACAACUUCUUCAUAAGUAUGUUUACAAAUAACCAAUGACCUAAACACAUAUAGUUCUAAUUACUUAUAAAUCAUUUACAAAUAAUAACCACAUCCCUUAUAAACAUAUUAACCCUUUCUAAAUAUCUUACUGAUAUUUAGAUAAGUUGUAAUGAUGAGUUACAACUGUGUUUCAAAUUAUUAACAUAUUCCUUAACCUGUAAAUUAUAUUUGAAUGGUAAUUAGAAAGGUCUUAACUAUCCAUAAUUCAUUGUUUUUGCAUGGUCCCUCUUUCGAAAAUGUGAUUGAAUGUGCUUACAUCUCCGUACAACCAAGAAAGCAAGGCGUGACUGUCCUUAAA